GUUUCUGCAACUCGAUUCGAACAUUUGAUGUGCCGGUUUAUAAUCCCUCGACUUUAUCAUCUAACCUAGAAAACAAAUUUCUUCAAGGCUUCAAGAUUUUCUAUACAGUUGAUUCUCUAACUUUGCUAAUUUAUGUUUCAGUUUAUCAACAAUUCAUCGAUCUAAUCCCCAUUUCCGGAGCCCAUAGUUUGAACUCCAAAUCCAGAAAUGGGGUUCGUGUGGAUGAUGUUUCAGUCGCUAUUUAUUUUUGCUUCGAUUUUCGCACUUGGAUUAUUGGCCGCCAUAGUUUUUGAAACAAUCAGAAGAAAAUACAAUCACACUCACGUUGAAGCUCCUCCAAUUUUCGAGGAUCCAAAUUCAUUGAAACCGGUUCCUUGUCCUCAAAUUCUUGAUCCUGCUGAAAAGUACAUAUCAUUGAUUAUUCCAGCGUACAAUGAAGAACAUAGGCUUCCAGGAGCACUUGAUGAAACCUUGAAUUAUCUUCAGCAACGAGCAGAAAAGGACAAGUCAUUUUCGUACGAGGUGGUGAUUGUCGAUGAUGGAAGUGUUGAUGGUACAAAACGAGUAGCUUUUGACUUUGCGAAAAGAUACACAGUUGAAAAUGUAAGAGUUAUCCUUCUUGGAAGGAACCAUGGCAAGGGAGAAGCAAUAAGAAAAGGAAUGCUUCACUCUCGUGGUGAACUACUUUUAAUGCUUGAUGCUGAUGGAGCAACCAAAGUGAGUGAUCUUGAAAAACUUGAAAAUCAGAUUCUUGUAGUUGCUAAGAAGGAACACAAGUUUGGAGACUCUGCAGCCAGUGAUUCAACUUUAAGAAUUUCGGACAUACCAAUUGCUGCUUUUGGUUCUCGUGCUCAUCUUGAGGAGAAGGCUCUAGCAACGAGAAAGUGGUACCGGAAUUUUUUAAUGAAAGGUUUCCACAUGGUAGUUCUCUUGGCUGCUGGUUCUGGAAUUCGUGACACACAGUGUGGUUUUAAGAUGUUCACUAGAGCUGCUGCAAGGAAGCUUUUCACGAACAUCCGCUUGAAACGGUGGUGUUUUGAUGUUGAGGUGGUAUACUUGUGCAAAUGGUUCCACGUACCUAUGAUCGAGAUUUCUGUGAAUUGGACUGAAAUUCCCGGAUCAAAAGUUAAUUUAUUAAGCAUUCCCAAUAUGCUGUGGGAGAUGGCUCUGAUGUCUUUAGGUUAUAGGAGCGGAAUAUGGAAAAUUUAUACAUGAAGUUGUUAUUUUUGGGUGAGCCUGGAAAAAGACAAUUUUUAACGUUCAAGUAGGCUGAUACAGGAACAGGACUUUUAAUGUUCAUCGCAUUUCAGCCGUGGAAGCUGAAUCGAACUUAUUUGAAACAGCAGACUAUGAAAAUCCUUUAGUUUUUUCUGUAUUGUUCUAAUUAAACCUUGGAAAAGGGAACUUUCAUGUUUUUAGUAGAAAUUAUGAACUUUGGUUGAUCAUAGCAUAA